UCCCACAUGGGAAGAGGAAUGAGUUGGACACAUUUAGAUUUUGCAAACUUGUGGGUUGAGGAAAAUGCUAUUGAAACACAUUGCUAAGAAAAAUUUUCAACACAAAUGUGUCAUUUCCUUUCUUCAUGGACCAGAUGCUGAGAUACUAUCAGAUAAAGAUUUUAGGUUUCAAUUGCAAAGAGAAGGAAGUGGAGGAAUCAGUGCUGCCUUCUUUACAAUCCAAGCCUACCCACCCUGGGUGCUUGGGGGCAGUGCUCUGUACCCACACUCUCUGCAGUUCUUUUUCUUGCAAAGGCUCAGGAUGAAUACAAACAUUAUGGAGCGGCGGAAUAUCUUUCUUGAUCACCAGGAAGACGCUGAUAGUUAUUCAGAUUCUGUCAAAUUUGAUGCUCGUUCCAUGACAACACUGCUUCCUCCUAAUCCUAAAAAUGGCCUCCAAGAGAAACUGAAGUCCUUCAAAACUGCGCUGAUUGCCCUUUAUCUCCUUGUGUUUGCCAUUUUGAUACCCGUCAUCGGAAUAGUGGCAGCUCAUCUUCUGAAAUGGGAAGUGAAGAAUUGCACGGUUGCUUCAAUUCAUACAAAUGAUAUGUCUCAAAGUCUAGGAAGAGGAAAUGGCAGUGAAGAUGAAAUGAAAUUUCGAGAAAUUGUUUUGGAACAUAUCGACCACAGUGAGAAGAGAAUCCAAUACAUUUCUGACGCACAAUCCAAUUUCAUAGAUUCAGAACAUUUCCAAAAUUUCAGUGUGACAACUGAUCAAAGAUUUAAUGAUGCUCUUCUGCAGCUAAGUACCUUAGUGUCCUCAGUCCAAGAACAUGGGAAUGCAAUAGAUGAAAUUUCCAAGUCCUUAAUAAGUCUGAACACCACAUUGCUUGAGUUGCAGCUCAACGUAGAAACAUUGAAUAGAAAAGUCCAAGAGACUACACUGAAGCAACAAGAGGAUAUUAGUAAAGUGCAGGAGAGUGUAUACAAUGCAUCAGCAGAAAUUAAGUCUCUGAAAGAAGAACAAGAGCAUGUGGAACAGGAAAUAAAAAAAGAAUUGAAAGUGCUGAAUAAUAUCACCAAUGACCUCAGAUUGAAAGAUUGGGAACAUUCUCAGACAUUGAGAAAUAUCACUUUUAUUCAAGGUCCCCCCGGACCCCGAGGUGAGAAAGGAGACAGAGGUCUCACUGGAGAAGUCGGUAGACCCGGCAUUCCAGGUGCAAGAGGUCCUCCAGGUCUUAAAGGUGAUCGAGGAGUAGCUGGCUUUCCUGGAAGUAGAGGCUUACCAGGACCACCAGGAAUUACGGGCAGGCCAGGAAAUCCUGGACAAAAAGGCCAAAAGGGAGAAAAAGGCGGUCAGAGCACAUUCUGGUCUCAUUAAGUCACUAAGUUGCCCAGGUGGUACUUGAACUUGCAACACUUCUGCUUCGACCUCCCAAGUACUGGAAUCCCAGGCACCACUGCACCCGGCUAGCACACAGUAAUCAUGAUGCUUUCAGAGUUGAACAACAUAGAGUCUUCUGUGUCUUCCCAGAAUAUUUAGUGAUAGUUCAUGAUGAUUAUUGUUAUUAUAUUAAGAUAACAGAAACAUCAUAACUUUUAUACUCUUUGUGUUCAUUUAUUCUUUAAAGCACUUAUUUUUGUCUUUGGUAUACCUUUUAUUUCCCUUACUUUCUUUCACUCAAUUUAAUUUCAGCUGAGCUCUUCUAAGUCUCGCUUCCCUACCUUUAUGUGUGUCUUUAUCUGUACCUUUAUUAUUUUUUAAUCUUUUAUUCUUCAUUUUUUCCCCUGAGGCUUUCUCUGAGCUUCUGAACAUUGACUUUAGUUGGAUUUAGCAAGUAAGGAACCUCUUUAUGUUUUUUGUGUGUAAACUGAGUAGCCACCCUGGUACCUGGGGUUAGUAAAUGCUUGGAACAUUUUUUAAAGCCAUGCUCAGAAAUGUCAGUUACAGAUUUUUCGUGGCUACUUUAGAAAUUAUGUGUGUUCUUUUCUGGAAAAGCAAUGAGGCUAUUUACAUAUACAGAUUCUUCUCUAUGCCCACCACACAGACAAUGCAUAACACCACAAUGUUUCAAAAAAGAAAUAUCAUAUAUAUGCACAUCUAAUAUAAUGUGCGCUGCAUUUUCCAUGUUUAAUAUAUGUUAUCUGUCCUCAUUGCAGAUGGCUCCAUCACUUUUCUUUUAAUUACUAUGUAUUACUCCAAUAUUCUUUUAUAUAGCAAUUACCAGGACAAGACCUUUCAAGCCCCUUAUUGUGAAAACUUACUGAUUUUUGUUUGCCUUGGUUUGGCUUUAAUAAACAAUGCUUCAUUUCGCCUUCA